AUGUUGUCCUCAGAGAAGAAGAAUAUAAAUAAGACGACGAAGAAGAAACCGUCACCGUUGCUCCCACCGACCCCGCAACCAACCCAAAACCUGUAUCUUCCCGAUGAUUUACUUCUGAGUUGCUUCGCACGAGUCUCGAGAUUGUAUUACCCGGAGCUUUCCCUCCUCUCCAAGAGCUUUCGUUCUCUCUUUGCUUCACAGGAGCUUUACAAGAUCCGAUCAGUGCUAGGUCACACAGAGAGUUGUCUCUAUGUAUACUUACGAUUCUUUCAGAACCCUAACCUUCGCUGGUUUACUCUCUGCCGGAGACCUAAUCGAACCCAAACGGAGAAGAAGAAGCUAGGUACCAAUCUUUUGGUUCGAAUCACAUCUCCCCAUUCUACUCCUCCCUGCUCAAGUUACACAGCCGUUGGUUCUGAUAUCUACGAAAUUGGCGGACUGGCUUCCUCUACCGUCUCGGUCUUUGAUUGCAUGCCUCACUCGUGGCACCAAGCUCCAAACAUGCAGGUGGCUAGGAAGAACCCGGACGUCAAGGCCAUCGAUGGAAAGAUAUAUGUUAAAGGAAACACUGAGUUCUCUAAUGAAACUGAUGACUUGGUAGAGGUUUUCGAUCCAAAAUCCCAAAUUUGGACUUAUGAAUCUAAAAAAUGGAAAUCACUGGAUGGUUAUUAUAAAUCGAAAGAUUGGAGAUCACGAUGUUGUUGUUGCGAGAUAGAUAACGUGUUGUACAAUUAUGAUAGGGGAAAGUUCAAAUGGUUAGACAAUAAGGUAAGAGACGGGGGAAUCUUAAAGGGUUUUAUAGGAGUAGGACUGCCUAAUGUUUCUUGUUCGAAGACUUCUAGUCAAGUUCAAUUGGCGGAUUAUGGUGGAAAGAUGGCGGUUUUAUGGGACAUGCAUGAUUAUUCUAGCAAACGUAAGGGAAGAAAUGUUUGGUGUGCGGUGAUCGCGCUUGAAAGGCGUAGCAGUAAAGAGAUUUGGGGGACACUCGAGUGGUCUGAAGUUGUGCUUAAAGUCCCCAAAGAUUUUAUUUUUGUGGAUGUUCUUUCUGCUACUGUUUGA